GGCGAGAGGCCCGAGGCAUACCACAGCAGACGCGAUAAACCCACACCAUGAACAACAACGCCGUAGCAGCGGCAGGCCGGCCAUCUAGAGCGAGAUCGUUGCCUCUGAGACUGCAGGAUGCUGGUGGAAGUGGUGCUGCUGCUGGGCAUGGGGUCGCCCAGACCGCGCCUGCUGGCGCGGCACAGCGGGCACCGAGCGGCAUGGCCCGCCAGGCCGUUCACAGCAGGGUGACCCCCCAUACUGGUACACAACAGGGUAUUCCACCUGGCGCGGUGAUGAUGCCGGGCUUCUCGGACGACGCUGAUCGGCAAGCUCGUCAGGCGGCCUUAGUAAAGGUUCUCAACGACAAGCGAUUUGGCGACGCCCCACAAAAAAAGUGGACCGAGUCGGAGAGCGGCGGCGACGACGACGAGGGGGGGGGCAGCCCGACGUCAAGUGGCGGCAGCAAUGUUUCGUUAGAGGACAGUUCAGCUCCGUCGGACAGUGGCUCACAGUCGGGCGAUGUCGUGUUCGAAAAGGAAAUUCGGGAAGCAAUGACCGGGGGAGGGGGAGCGGGCACGAGGACCACAAACCACGGCAAGCGAAAGGCGAGCGCCGGCGGCAGCGUCGUAGGGAAGAACAAAGCAGCAGCAUCCCAUCACGCGAGUGCCAAAAAAGACCGGGGCAAGGACUACCCACACUGGGCCACACACUUUCUGAAGCGGACAUGCGGGCACCGCAAGAUCCCGAGGAUGUCGCAGAAGAGCAAGGGUGUCCUGGUGGCGGCCCUGCGAUCUCUCGACGCCAACAUGAAACGGCCAUCUCCGUACUUCGACGACCUCGAUGCUAUCGCAGCCGGCAAAUCUGGACGCGGCAGCGAGCAGGAGGAGGGGGAGGAGGGAGUCAUCCCGGCGAAAGCGCUGCUUAUGUUUCGAGGCGUUAUCAACAUGGUCGCCCUAGCACGUGACAGAACUGAACCGUUUACAGUCGAGGGUGUGGACUACAGUGUGGCGGACCUUUACGACGCCAUGGAGAAGGAAAACACACCGGAACUGGAGGAUUCUGCCGGCGGGAGUUCGUCGACGGGUGGUGCAGCCGGACCGGACGGGGGUGGUUCCGCCGGAGGAAGUGGCAGCAUCACGGAGCGCAAGGGCCCACACUGCAUGAUGCGGCUCGUUGGGAUCCUGUGCGAAGACUCCAUCCGCCCACUUGUCAUCAACAGCCGCUUGCAGGCGACCCGGCAGGAGCUGGACACCUCAGCAGUUGGGCCGCGGAAACACUUGUGGACAGAGGUCACCGACCGCUUCCGAGACCCUCGCCACCAUGUGAGAAAAAUCGUGGACGACGAACAAGUGAGUCACGUCAACCCGAACAUCAUCCAGCAACCUAACAUCUCGGCGGAAAAGAUCACCAAGGUGUGGUCUGCGGCAAAGGCGAAAUGGAACACGCCUUAUGCCAAUUGGAAGAGUGAAUCCGGCAACAACCAGCCAUGGCUUUCAUUUUGCCAAGGGGACACGGACACGUACAUUCUCGGUUGAGCAAUCGAGAAAUACCCCGAGCUUGACCAAGUGUG